AUGGCCGAACCCACCAUGGCCCAGGUCCGGGCCGCUAUGAACGCUAUGAUAGACAAGGCGAUGGAAACGCCCAAUGAGCCGGUGGCGAUGGCCAUCGUCGACAGUGCCGGCAACCUGCUGGCCUACCAGACCAUGGACAAUCUGCGCAUAUUCAGCCGCCGCCACUCCCUCCGCAAGGCCCACACCUCGGCCCUGAUGGGCUUGGACUCAGGAGAGAACGCCAGCCGCCUGCACGGCCAGGGUCGCAACAUCGCCGACCAGGGCGAUCCCAUGAUGACCUAUGGCACAGGCGGACUCGUCAUCAUGAAGGACGGCGUCAUCCUCGGCGGCAUCGGCGUCGGCGGCUAUCCCAGCGGCCAAGCCGACGAGGACCUGUCCCGUGUCGGCCUGAACGCCAUGAACCUCUGA